AUGGAUAUGGAUAUGGAUAUGGAUGUAGAUGUCAAAGAAGGCUACAGAAGAGAGGGGGACUAUAGCAGUAGCCCUCUUGGUUUCUUGAAAGAACUAGCGCCAGAGAAGCUUGAACUUACCCAAGACCAAUCCUAUCCAGGCUCGACCGCUAAUUCCAUUCAAGAAGAGAAUGUCAUCCAUUCAUACUGUUUCAGAAGAGGACCAAUGGUCCAAUUGCAUCCAAGUAAUACUUGGCCUAUUGGGUACCUAUCCCCCGUGGGCAUGCUUUCUGGUUCGCUCAUGUACACUAUAGAGGACAAUUUAUUGGAUCCCCAUGAAAUCCGUCAUUCAUCCAAACGAACCAACCCAUCGCAUACUGAUGAUACCUUUGAAAGACUGGAUCGGAGAAAAGAACCAGGCAAGAAAUAUUGGUCCAAACGUAAAAGAAGUAUUGCUGAGGAUGUACGGGACAGAAAGAUGCAAAAGAUUUCGUCAAAUUUAGCAAAUGAUAUUGCCCGAAGUUUAUCGUUUACUGAUCCUGACAGUAAUCCUCGAUCUACUCAAGAUGUUGACGAUAUUGAGAUGCUUAUUACCCCAGAUACAAAAGAUCCUUCACAUCUAUUACAAACAUCACCAGCCUUAUCAACAUCAAAUCUAUCAUCCAUACAUGGUUUCCCAUCUAAUGGAUGUCCUGUUUCUCAAACACAAAGAGUAUAUCGUAAAUGUGCCCGACCAUUUGGGACACGUCGAUCGGGAGAUACAGCAAUGCACUCACUCGCCAGUGGACGCGAUUCUUCUCCAAUCCCAACUCUUCGACGGAUCUCAUUGAGUGGCGCCCUUUCACCUGCAAUUGAUUUGGACCAGUGGCUAAUGAUGCAGGCACACCGACAACAAAUCAGUGUGCAGGAUUACAAAUUGCUGUUUCAGGAGAAGAAGAAGCAGCUGCAACAGUGUCUACAGAAGCUGCAUACCAGCCACCCAACCAAUAGCGACACACAGCGCUAUGAGGAAAUCAAGGAGAAUUUAGGGAAAAUAUUGAGCAUUGCAGAUGAGCUGAGUGGAGAUCACUCACUAUCCUUCGCUGAAAUAUUUCCUGAAUGGAGAGAAUGUGAAGGUCAUCUCAACAAGCUAGCAAGCUAUGUUCAGUCCAUAGAAGAUAUGAAGCAUCUUAAUUCUCAAACUAUCCCUCGAACAAACGACUUGCUGCAUGACAUCAAGUAUCUUCAGUCUGUUCUAGAAGACAAACAUAAUCUAUAUGGAGAAUGUCUCGUUCAAAAUGGAUUGGAGUGGAAGACAAUGGGUAUGCCUGUAGACGAACACUUGCUGGCUGCCACCAAAGGGUGGUUUUAUAGUCUUUCCAUUGGUCUCUUGAGAGAGCUGGACACUGAAUGCUCCAAGGCCCAGAGUCUUGUCACAAAUAUGCGUGAGCUUGUCAAUAGCGCGCUUGGCGAAAAGCUUAUGGCUGCUAUUCUACACGGCAUAGAGUUCAUAAGUGGCUCGACUGCACUUAUUGGGCUGCCAUCUCGAAAAUUAACUUUCGGAUGCCGAGUACUCGCCACGGUCUAUGGCCAUUGGAUUUCUGAGAAUCUUGGCUAUCUUAACGAACGACAACUAGCUGAAUUUAUGGCAGGAACUACAAAUACGCCAAGCACACCAACUAAUAUAAAUGUACCAAAGGCGAUACGUACAGACUUGCGACUGAUGCAAUGUCUCGAGAGUAUGGCCCGCGUAUUGGCCGCACUUCAAACGUUACAGGAGGUGGAUAGUGGGCAAAAGAGUGUGGCAAAAGGAGUGUUUCACCCUAGUCUGUUAAGAGAUGUGGAUGAUGAUGACCCUUUUGAUGGCGAGACUGUGCUAGAGAAUCUAACAAGUCUGCUGGUUGAAAUUACGGUCAGGACUGUGGCUGUUAUUGAGACUAGCCGUGUCCAGAUCACUAAACUGAACACGGCAAAAUCAGCUAAUAUUAUGGUUAAUCCACAAAUGGCGCUGGUUUACAUGCAGGAGGCUCUCUUGUCUUUUGCUGAUCAAAUACUUGAAUUGUCAGGAAGAGACUGGCAAACUGGUGCUCGGUUACAGCGUCUGCAUGCUCAUCUAGAAGACAUGGAGAAUGAGUUUGCAGUACAGUAA